CCGCCCUUUCCCCCGAAUUUGGUUUGUGCCGGGCGGGGAGGACCCCAUCAUCUGACCCCGACUGUGAAAUGAGCUGGCCCCGGGUUCAGUCGCCCGCCGGCACCGCUCCGGGGAAGUCCCGGUGGGCGAGGCCCCGCGGCGUCCCGUCCCGUUUCUCGGCAGCGGGGCGGGGCGGGGCGGGGCGGGGCGGGGGAGAAGGUGCGAACACGCCGGGGGCUCGGAGCUCGCGCCCUGUGCCCCACCCAGGCUGCGGCCGCGCGGGGAGGAAGCGCGUAAAGGUUGAGUGCAAAGUUUCCCUUUCUGCUUUCUCGUCAGAGCAGCCCCAACCUUGGCGGUGGGCUGCAAUGCCGAACUUCAGUUUGUAGGGGCUCCGGAGCCGAAGGGGUUAAAGCAAGCGCCUCCCUUCCCCCAACCCCGCCGCCUCCUUCACCAGUCCGGCCGGCCAGCCAUGGGCGGCCGCGAUCACCUGUUCAAAGUGCUGGUGGUGGGGGACGCCGCGGUGGGCAAGACGUCGCUCGUGCAGCGAUACUCCCAGGACAGCUUCAGCAAACACUACAAGUCCACGGUGGGAGUGGAUUUUGCUCUGAAGGUUCUCCAGUGGUCUGACUCAGAGAUGGUGCGGCUCCAGCUGUGGGAUAUUGCAGGGCAGGAGCGCUUCACCUCCAUGACUCGACUGUACUAUCGGGAUGCAUCAGCCUGCGUUAUUAUGUUUGAUGUUACCAACGCCACGACCUUCAGCAAUAGCCAGAGGUGGAAGCAGGACUUGGACAGCAAGCUCACCCUGCCUAAUGGAGAGCCUGUGCCCUGCCUGCUCUUGGCCAACAAAUGUGACCUGUCCCCUUGGGCAGUGAGCCGAGACCAGGUUGACCGGUUCAGUAAAGAGAAUGGUUUCAUGGGUUGGACAGAAACAUCAGUCAAGGAGAACAAAAAUAUUAAUGAGGCCAUGAGAGUCCUCAUUGAAAAGAUGAUGAGCAAUUCCAGAGAAGAUAUGUCUUUAUCCACCCAAGGGGACUAUAUCAAUCUACAGACCAAGCCCUCCUCCAGCUGGGCCUGCUGCUAAUAGUGUCUGGCUUGUUUUCCCUCCUAUGUUUAGGAGGUCUUUUCAUCUCUUCCCUUCGGAUGCCCACCCAGCAAUCUUAUUAAUCUUAUUAAGUACGUUUGGACUGUCUCUUGCCAGUUAUCCGGGAAGGAGGACCAUCGCCACUAAGGAGAGACCUGGGACUCGUGUGCCUUUCUGCAUCUCACAGGUUCCUACUUGCUGCCGGCUCCCAUGGCUCAGUACCUUCUGUAUAAGAAAAAUCACCUUAUCCCUCAUUUUGUGACCCAGGAUUUUGUGGGGAGCAUUGGAAAUCAGCACCUGUAUUGUAAGGAUCCUAAUUGCCACCUGUUUUCGCGUUUCUUUUUCCAUCUGACGGAUGUGGAUAUCUCAGUCUGAUCUGACUUCAGAUUUCGAGGAAAAUGAGAGCAAAGGGCAUUUCCCAAAUUCAUCAUAGGUUAUUGCUUUCAGAUUCUUUGUGUCUUGGACUUUGAAUUUAAACCUCUGAUUCUGAGAUGGGCAAGGAGUGGGGCUGGAUAUCCAUGGGUUCUGGGUCACAGGAGGUAACCCAAAAGUCACUAUUUUUGAAGCUUCUAAAGUCAUAACUGGCUUUCUCUUGUCUUGGCUUCAGGAAUAGUCAAGCUUUUAAACUACCUGUUGUGUGUGAUGAGAGCGUUUCUUUCCCCAAAGAAACAAUUGUCCCAUUAGGGUUUUCUAGUAUCUCCCUACCGGUGGGGUGGGAGCGGGGUUCACAAGGUUUCUGGGUUGAUGUCUUGAUGCCUAAUGCUGCGGGGUGACAUCACUUGGCUGUGGUGCCCUGAAAUAGGUCUGUUCCUUACCGCCCUGGGAGUCUGAAUGGAAGAGGGAGAGGUUAACAGAACAAAAUCCUGUGGGGCCGCUUGCUUCUGAGCACUUUGGGUGCCUAGCACUUACCAGCCAUAGGAAACAAAUUUUAUGUACAGACCUUUGCCUGAGUGGGGAGAGUAGAUAGAAAAUCAUUAAGUAAUUUAAGUGCUAAAUCGGGUAGGGUUUUUAGUAUCACAUCACUUCUCGACAGCUUCAUUUGUUGAAUUCUCACAGGAUGGUGAUUUAUAACCUACCCAAAGUUAUGAAUAUUCUUCGUGAACUCAGAGACCUAGAGUUCUUUGAAAGACACUUAUUUUAAAUGUGUGUCCUAAGUAAGUGGUUCCCGAAUCAACUUAUCAGAACCACCUGGGAAGUUUAUUAAAAAAAUUUUUUUUAAGAUUUUAUUUAUUUAUUUGACAGAGAGAGACAAAGCGAGAGAAGGAACAUAAGCAGGGGGAGCGGGAGAGGGAGAAGCAGGCUUCCUGCGGAGCAGGGAGCCCGAUGUGGGGCUCAAUCCCAGGACUCUGGGACCAUGACCUGAGCCGAAGGCAGACACUUAAUGACUGAGCCACCCAGGCGCCCCUAUUAAAAUUUUUUAAAAUAAAAUGUGUACGUUUUAAGAUUUCUGGGUCCCAAACUCAAGCCUCCUGAAUCAAAAUUUCCAGGGGUAUGGUGUGGGAAUGUAUAGUUGUUGUUUUUCAAAGCCACCCAGGUCAUUUGACCAGCCUGGUUUGGAAAACAUUGCUGGAGAAUUUGGUAAAGAUGCAGAGACCCAGGCAUUCCCUGAGUAAAUGAUCCUGGGUUUCCCUAUGCUCUAUUUGCUCUCCAGGUGAUUCUGCUAUACCCCAGACUUUGGAAACUGCUCUCCUAAGCAAAUGAUCAGAGGCCAAAUAUCAGACAGAGAACAGGAGCCAGGCCUUCAGUGGUGGUUGGUUUGUCUGUUUUUAAUGCCAGUGACUAACUUUUGCACAGUGUUUUAAGACCUUGAAGUUCUCUUUUGUAUUACCCUUUUCAAAUAGGUUUUUACUACAAUGAUUCUGAAGAUAAGUGGAAUAGCAAAUUCCCUUUAUGUGAAAAGAAAACUGAUUUUUAUUUACUGGCUUAAACCUUUGCAAAGUCACAAAUAAAGGCAAAAUAAGUCUUGUA